AUGUGGCCGCGAGCAGAAGUCGCUGCCGCGGCCGUGAGGCGGGGAGUCGGGCGCCGAGCCUGGGCUGAGCCGGGAGCGGGUCCCGCUGCCGCCGCCAUGGGGGACCGGCGGCUGCUGCUGCGCUACCUGCUGCUGGGCUUCCUGGGCUGGGGCGCGUCCGCCCAGCCGGCGGGGGGCGAGUAUUGCCACGGCUGGGUGGACGGGCACGGCCGCUACCACGAGGGCUUCCAGUGCCCGGAGGACUUCGACACGCCGGACGCCACCAUCUGCUGCGGCUCCUGCGCCCUGCGCUACUGCUGCGCCGCCGCCGAGGCCCGGCUGGAGCAGGGCGGCUGCACCAACGACCGCGAGCCGCAGAACCCGGGGGUGACAGCCCAGCCGAUCUACGUUCCUUUCCUUAUUGUUGGAUCCAUAUUCAUCGCCUUCAUUAUUGUGGGUUCGUUGGUAGCCGUUUAUUGUUGCACGUGUUUAAGACCUAAACAAACAUCACAGCAGCCAAUACGAUUCUCUCUUCGAAGCUAUCAGAUCGAGACUCUUCCAAUGAUCCUGACCUCCACUAGCCUCCGGACACCGUCCAGACAGUCCAGUACUGCAACCAGUUCGAGUUCUACUGGAGGCUCCAUUCGCAGGUUCUCUUUCGCCAGAGCAGAAUCUGGGUGUUUAGUGGCAUCUCCACCUUCACCUUACACAUCUGGCUGCUUACAAACAGGCCAUUCUAUCCACCUAACUCAACCAGCUGGAUUUUUGGUGUCAUCACCCUAUUUUGGCUAUCCUCUCCAACCAGAACCUUCCCUAGCCGGGAGGAGCUGCCCAGAUUUUAGCUAG